AUGUCUGAAAAUUCCGUCAGAAGGAAACUAGUCAUAAUUGGCGACGGUGCUUGCGGUAAGACGUCCCUUCUGUAUGUGUUCACAUUAGGGAAAUUUCCCAAAGAAUACCACCCUACCGUUUUCGAGAAUUAUGUCACGGAUUGCAGAGUUGAUGGCAUCAAAGUGUCACUCACGUUGUGGGACACAGCUGGACAGGAGGAAUAUGAACGAUUACGUCCCUUUUCGUAUUCAAAAGCCGAUAUAAUACUGAUAGGAUUUGCUGUUAAUGAUCCGGAGUCCUUAUUAAAUGCUAGAACCAAAUGGGCGGAAGAGGCACUACGAUAUUGCCCUGAUGUCCCCAUAAUACUUGUCGGACUCAAGAAAGAUCUUAGAAACGCCUCGGAAGAUAACUCAAAGGCAGAGGAAUUCGUGCGUCCGGAGGACGCCCAGCAAAUGGCCAAGCAGAUAGGUGCCAAAAAAUACCUGGAGUGCAGCGCUCUCACCGGAGAAGGAGUUGACGAUGUUUUCGAGCUAGCAACAAGGACCAGCUUGCUGGUGAACAAGGAACCCGGUCGACAGUGCUGCCUCAUCGCUUAA